AAAAGGCGGCCUGUGACCGUGCUGUGUAAAGUUGUUGAAUUUGUUCGUGUAAGCCUUAAUGGUGAAAAACAUCGACCAUAUCUGUAUUUUUUAUUGAACUAGGUCGGAAGGGUACAAGUUCAAGUCCACACCAGGAAUCAUUACAAAAGCCAAAACAAAAGUGACCAUGACAUCGGACAGCAGAGCCAGCAAAGCCUUACAGGUAAAGAGAGAGUGUGGAGAGAACGUCCCUGUGCUGUCAGACAGUGAGCUCAUGUCUCUGUCCGUACGGGAGCUGAACUUGCACCUGCGCGGUUUGUCCAGAGAAGAGAUCCAGAAACUGAAGCAAAGGCGGCGCACGCUAAAGAAUCGUGGCUACGCAGCCAGCUGCAGGGUGAAGCGUGUGUCUCAGCGCGAGGCCUUGGAGCAGCAGAAAAAGGAGCUGCAACGUGAGGUAGAGCGACUCGGAGCAGAGAACGCAGGCAUGCGCAGGGAGCUGGAGGGGCUCGGGGCUCGACUCGCAGCACUGCAGCGCUUCGCCCGCAGCCUCGAAUCUGCAGGAGGGAGCAUUCUAGCUACAGCGCCUCGCCUCAACACUGCAUCAGUCAUCACCAUAGUGAAGAGCCCACAGCAAAGCCAUGGCCCCAGAGAGCAAGAGGCGUCCUAGGGAUGAGUCAUACAAGCAAUUGGGCAAACGCAUACACACACUCGCAAACACGUAGAAGUACAAGGUACACAACAACUGGACCAUCGAUGCCGAAAUAAAUGACUGCGAAACAUUUAGUAAUGUUGCACAACAAACAGUUGUGUAGGUGAAGUCGUUGAUGUCAGUGAUUCAAGAUUGCUUUUUUUUUAUUUUUUAUUUUUUUUUAUUCUUUGCCACACUAUUAUCCCAACGUUGCAUAUUAUAUUUUGCCAUUUGGUUAAUUAGAGCAUCUCGAUAAUGAGAACGCAAGGGCAAGUCUGCAUUGUUUGUACAUGAUUUUGGGAACAGAUUACUUUGUGUUCUGAAUUGGAGAAUUUGACUGCAUUGACCUGUUUUAUGUUUGGUCUAUUACCUUUGCUUCAACCAGAGUAACUAACAUAUAAAUAAGGUAAUGUUUGUAAGUUUACAUGUAAUGUAUUUCAAAAAUAUUUAUAUGGCCAUUUUCUUUUUGUUGUCACAUGGAAAAAAAAAACUGUAAAGAAUGUCUUUACUGGAUUAACUAUUAAGCUUGGCUUAAUCUCACUGACUACCAACUCAUUCUCAGUUGGCAAGAAUUGCUGGAAUAUAUUCAGUUAUGAUUUAUGAAACAAAAUCAUAAUUAUUCAGUUAUAAUUCAAUUGAAUGCCACACCACGUCAAUGCAAGCUUCUUAGUACAUUCCCAUAUAUGUUUUCAAAACUUAAUGUGCAACAUGGAGAUUUUAUUUUUUUUUUUUCCUAUCUGUAUUUAAGAUGAAGACCUAAAAGCUAGAGUGCUGUGAUUUUACGUCCAAAUACUGUUUCUGUACAAACUAGUUUGGGAAUAUUUUCCAUGUCCAAUUAUUGUAAUGGUGUGAUUUGUAUUUAGGAUAGGUAAAUUUUAAGGAACAGUUCAGCUUUGCCAGUGUGUUUCUACUCCUGCUCUUGCGAGAACAUUUUAGCGUCUCCCAUUUCUCAACACUCGUUUUGAGAUGCGUAACCGGGAAACGCUAAAAUGAUCACAGCAAAGCAGGAAAUGUUACUGGAAUAUGUUUCAGUAUGUGUGACGACUGUAUUUGUGCUAAUACGUUAUAGUAGCUUGUUUGCUGUGGUAUUUUUGUACAAAAAAAAGUAGAUUAUUUAUAAUGACAAAAUACCUUUUGAAAGUUUAGGAAGUGUCACAUGAUGGUAUAAAGUAUGAAAGACUACGGAAGAGUAAACAUGGAAUAAAAAGCGAUAAAAGGAAAAGAAACCAGAGUAAGUGGCUGAGACGGGAACAAAAGGUGAUCUGAAAGUGCUAGAGGGAAAGAGGGACACAAGUUGUGGCUACAAGCGAUCAUAUUAACUCAUAGUUGACAAGAAGCUUGCCAACUAUUAGCUUUACUAACUCCAGCAUUGAGGAGUAUACAGUAUGUGUUCAUAUUUAUAGGUUCAAACAUUUUUAUUGGAAUGAAACCUGUUAAUGCUAUUUCAAUUUUAAUAUUGAAACACUUGAUUUCAGUAACAACUUGUUCUGAUGUUAUGGUUCCAAACAUGCUGGAUGUUUUGUGAAGUAGCAAAAUACAAGUCUGUUAUUUGUAUUUAUUACAUAUAUUUUUCUAUGGUAAAAUAUUGUCUAUUUUAUGCCAUUAAUUGAAAUAAAUGUAUAUAUUGUACAUAAA